GUGCUGCUUGCGUUCGUAAUUAUUAAGUUUUUUUCCUUUGCAGACCGCUGCUGUGGAACAUUAUUAAAGCAGCCAAAAACUUCUAAUAUUUACCCGAAACGGUAUUUCAAAAAAGCCCGAUUGGGCGGGAAAAUCGCGGACCUGGAAACUGAUCAUCAGCAGAUAUUUAGGACCAGGUGACUUAAAGGGUAAUGUUUGCAAAAUAGCGAGUUUAAUCUGCAUUUUCCCUUUACGUUUCCAUGUUUGCUUGUGGAGUCCUGAGUUAAUUCCUGUGAUGAACCUUGUUGUCAAAAAUUCUACCAAGCUCUCCGCCAUGGUCCUGCUCCUGAGGUCCUCAUCACGCAGCUCUUGAUCAGGCUCUCCAACGAGUCCUGUGCUGGAGGUCUUCGUAAGAAAGAACAGUCUCAGCGGUACGCUGGCUGCAGGGGGCUCCAGCUGCAGCGGGUCCAAGCAGAAGGAUUUGCCCCCUCUUGGGGCUGAAUUGGAUCGGGGGAGCAUUCCCCACCAUCAGAGAAGUCCGGUCUUCCGGCGCUGGAAGCCUCACACAGGGAUGCCCCCGGUCCUGCAACCUGGAUCCUCCCGCGCUAGGGAGAAGCCCCACAGUGCCUCGCUCUCAUCUGGCCUGAACCGAUUCCUGAACACCUUGCUCCAGCAUCCUCUCAGCGCCCAGCCCAGUACACCCAAGGCUUUCACCAGCUCCAGCACCAGCCCACCACCAGGACCCACAGAAGCACCUCACAGAGGAGCACAUUCUUCAGAGCAGGUCCACAGGAUCAGCAGAGACCUGGAUAAGGAGAACGCCCACUUCAUCGUGGUGGACAUGGUACUGGAGGUGCUGGAGGAGGCUGUGUGGGCAUCCCGGACAAAGAAGGGGCCCCGGCUGGCAGGGAGGCGUGGCCAGCAUAAGCCCAGGCACAGAGCCAGUGCUCAACUCUCUGCACCCACCGCAGACCUCCACUCCGUGGACUCAAGCCCCAUCUUCUCCCAGGCAAAACCCCCUGGAGACCAGGCAUGUGACCCAGGCUGUGGGACUGACCAGAUAUCUGCCACUGGAAGCGCUGACUCUUCCCCACCAAAAUCCUCUUUGAUGCCCUCGAUCCCCUGCUCUGCUGAAGCCCUGGCCCAACAGCUGAUGUCAGCCUUCUGGAAGCAGUGGCUCCCCCAGCAGAGCCGCUGGUGCCGGUCGGGGCCGCGGGUCCUAAAGCUGGACGAGUUGCUAUCCAGCAGGAACUCCAUGAUGAUGGAGAACAGUCCCGCUUUGACAGAGGAGAUCAGGCAGAAGUCCAGGAUGAGAGGAACUCACACCUGGACCCCACCCCGUUUCCAGAUCAUCUACAACAUCCACCCCCCAAGGAAGCGGAGCACGGUUGUGGCUUCACAGCAGUACCUGUGCGCUGGCUGUGGCACUGAGGUGGAAGUCAGAUACAUCAAGAAACUGCGAUACUGCGAGUACCUGGGAAAGUACCUCUGCGACUGCUGCCAUAGCCUGGAUGAGUCGGUGGUCCCGGGUCAUAUUGUUGAGCACUGGGACUUCACCCGCUACCCCGUGUGCAACUUCUCCAAGCAGCUCCUGGAGAACAUAUGGCAUCAGCCCCUCUUCAGUGCCACCAGCAUAAGUAGGAGCCUGCACCCCAGGCCUCGGGAGCUGGAAAAGUUCAGGGAGCUUCAGGAGCAACUGGUAUCCAUUAAGAAGUUCCUGGCAGCAUGCAGACUGACAGAUGGGCUCCUGCAGGAAUUUGAACAGCUGCCCCAUCACCUAACUCAGGACCCGCCUCUUCUCUCUUUGGACGACCUUCUGGGCAUAAAGCGCGGGUCUCUAGUGGCACAGGCCAAAGCACUGCGGCGGAAGGCCCUCGCCCACAUGGAUCACUGUGAGCUCUGCCUUGCCAACGGCUUCAUCUGUGAGUUCUGCCAGGGCUCUGAUGUCAUCUUCCCCUUCCAAAAGGAGACGUGUAAACGCUGUACAGCAUGCAAGGCCUGUUUCCAUAGUGACUGCUUCCGAAAUGCAGGAUGCCCUCGAUGUGCUCGAAUUGAGACUCGCAAGAAGCUAAUGGACAAUUGUGCUGUACCAGAGGCAUAGUGCUUCCUGGAGAAACUAUUUUUAUUACAAUUUGUCUGAGAAAUGAAAUGUUUCUGUUUAUUUUACGUUUUUUAAUGCUUUUAAUCAAAUUGAUAAACAACUGGGGAUACAGAGUCAGCCGUUCUCUGAAGUGAUUGAGCCUCAAGGGCCCAAUGGUGAAGUCAGUCUGCCAACCCUAGGAUUUGAACCAGUGACCUUCCAACCAGAAGUACAGUGUGCAAACCCACAGAAGCACACAGCUCCUCACUUAUUUAACUGCACAGGAAUGUCCCAAAGCAUUCAGAACAUCUGCAAGGGCUCUGAGGCUGUCACCAGUAUGAACAGGAAGUGGGCAGCUGCCUUGCACUUGUAAAAUGUGCUCCAGCAAUGGCUGUCUAAUUUUCUUCCUCUUUCCAAUGUCAUGUGAAACUGGACAUUGCAAAUGGCACGCUGUUCAAAAUAGUCCAAGUUUAAUGCUGUGUAUUUGAGGCUUGGAUGCAGUAAGACAUGGCCUGAGAAACAACUUCAGAAUUGGGACCGAAGUGGAGAACUAAUGAUACAGUUGCAGUGACUGUUUUAUGCAGUUAUAUGUUGAAAGUUACAAUGUGAAUAAAUCUCUUAGAAGUC